UGUAUAACAAUCUUUUCGGCUUUUCCCUAUUCCUUAGAAGUUACCUCUAUUUUUUGCUUUGUAAAUUCGCACCCCCUUCUCUCCCACACACACAAAGACACACUUUCUCAUAUCAGCAGCAAAAUCUGAAACAUAGCAGAGCUGCUGCAGAGUGCAGAGUGCAGAGUGCAGUGCAGGCUAUAAAACCUUAACAGUAACGAAUAUAUAUACACCCUCCCAAAUGAGUUACUAGUUAGUUAAGUUAACUAACGGUUUUUAUUUAUUCCCACUUUAGCCUUCUAUCUCACACCACUCCACCGCCAUUACCGAAGAAGAGCUUCACCAAAAUGAUAAGCUGGGGCGAUCUAUACACCGUGUUAGCGGCAGUUGUUCCACUGUACGUUGCAAUGAUUUUAGCCUACAGUUCGGUACGGUGGUGGAAAAUAUUCUCACCGGACCAAUGUUCAGGCAUAAACCGCUUCGUAGCAAUCUUCGCAGUUCCACUUCUAUCUUUCCACUUCAUCUCCAUAAACAACCCUUACGCUAUGGACUUCAGGUUCAUCGCUGCAGAUACGCUUCAAAAAAUCAUCAUGCUCUUCGCACUUUCAAUUUGGACUAAUUUCACCGCCAAUGGAAGUUUAGAGUGGAUGAUCACAAUCUUCUCACUUUCUACAUUGCCUAACACCUUGGUUAUGGGAAUUCCACUUCUCAUAGCCAUGUAUGGCGAAUAUUCCGGCACGCUUAUGAUUCAAGUUGUGGUUCUUCAGUGUAUCGUUUGGUACACUCUGCUUUUGUUUCUAUUUGAGUACCGUGGUGCUAAGCUUCUCAUCAUGGAACAGUUCCCUGAAACCGCUGCCUCUAUUGUUUCAUUCAAGGUUGAUUCCGAUGUGGUUUCUCUUGACGGAAGGGAUUUUCUUGAAACUGAUGCGGAGGUUGGCGACGACGGGAAGCUUCAUGUCACCGUGAGAAAAUCGAAUGCUUCCAGGAGAUCUUUCAUGAUGACUCCUCGCCCGUCGAAUCUCACCGGAGCUGAAAUUUACAGUUUAAGCUCUUCCCGGAACCCAACUCCGCGAGGUUCUAAUUUCAACCACGCUGAUUUCUACUCCAUGAUGGGUUACGCGCCGAGACAUUCCAAUUUCGGCGCGGCAGAUUUGUAUUCCAUUCAGUCCAAUUCACGUGGACCGACGCCGCGCCCGUCUAAUUUCGAAGAGAACGGUCCUCCGGUAACAACGGCUCAGACCGUGAGUUCACCGAGGUUUGGAUUUUAUCCAGCUCAGACAGUGCCGGCAGCGUACCCGGCUCCAAACCCGGAAUACUCAUCCGGGUUGUCAAAGAGUGUUAGCAAAAACUCUCAGCAACAACAACAACAAUUAGUUCAGGCUCAACCACAGACAGUAACCAACAAUGGUGCUGCUAAAACGAACCACGAUGCUAAAGAGCUUCACAUGUUUGUUUGGAGCUCUAGUGCCUCGCCGGUUUCUGAAGCUAGUGGACUUCAAGUCUUUGGCAGUGGCGCCGCCGAUUAUGGUCCAUCUGAUCAAUCUGGACGGUCCGAUCAAGGUGCCAAGGAGAUUAGAAUGUUGGUUCCUGAUGACCAUCCUCCAAAUGGGAUUACCAACAAAGCUAUGACGGAAGCAGAGUUUGGUGGGGAAGAGCAGUUGAAGUUUCCCGUGAAAGAAGUGGAACUGCAGAAGGCAGAAGAAGAUGGAGAUAAAUUGGAACCUGCCGGACUAAACAAAUUGGGAUCCAGCUCAACGGCGGAGCUACACCCGACAGUUGCCGGAGCCGCCGGUGUAAAGCACAUGCCUCCGGCAAGUGUUAUGACCCGUCUCAUAAUGAUCAUGGUGUGGAGGAAGCUUAUCCGCAACCCAAAUACGUAUUCUAGUCUCAUUGGUAUCAUUUGGUCCUUAGUGGCCUAUAGGUGGCAUGUGCAUAUGCCGAAAAUAAUAGAGAAAUCAAUCUCCAUACUGUCUGAUGCUGGUCUUGGAAUGGCUAUGUUCAGUUUAGGUUUGUUUAUGGCUCUUCAACCCAAAAUUAUUGCAUGUGGGAACUCGGUUGCUACAUUUGCUAUGGCUGUUCGAUUUCUUACAGGUCCUGCUGUCAUGGCUGCAGCCUCCAUUGCUGUUGGCCUCCGUGGCACCCUUUUACGUAUAGCUAUUGUUCAGGCUGCACUUCCUCAAGGGAUUGUUCCGUUUGUGUUUGCCAAGGAGUACAAUGUACAUCCAACUGUUCUUAGUACAGGGGUUAUAUUUGGGAUGUUGAUAGCACUGCCAAUUACUCUAGUCUACUACAUAUUACUUGGUUUAUAAGAUAUCUAAACAGUAGUACCCAACUUACAAACACAUAAUAAAUGGUUAUCUCUUUUGAAUCUUUAUACUUUGGGAGUAUGCAAGCAUUCUUGUUGACCACAUUGGAUUUUACUGUUAUUAGCAAAUGAUGAGGAUUUUUUUGGAUGGGGAGAACAAAAACCACCAGCUAGUAUCCUUAGAAAACAGUGAAGAUCAUUCAUUCCAACUUUCCAAAAAGUUUGGGAACUUCAGAAAAUUUGACCGGAUUGGCUCAAAUUCUCAGCAUUCUAGUCCCCUAUGCCAUUCACACUGACGCAAUUUUCAACAACCGGGAAAAAGGAAGUACUAGUAGAGCAAUUGAGAGACACAAAAUCGGAAAACAGGGGAAAGCAAGUGUGAGCAGAGUUAAUGAAAUCAAGAAAUUGCUCCCUUCUAAUGAGCAUUGUUUAUCAAUUCUUAGUAUUAUAGUAUUAGUGUAACUGUAUAAGAAAACAAAGCUUUUGUAUAUUUAUCAUUAAAUUUAAUCUUGUGGGCCACGUGUGAGUCUUAGAAAGAACUUUAUUUUUCGCAUCCCGUGCUAAACACGGAUUUUAUGUGCUAGUUUUUUAUUAGAAUAAAGUAGUGUUUGUCUAUGGUUUACCAAAUGAGCAGUAGGGAAAUGAAAUUGAAACAUAAAGGAAGACUCUUUUUCUUAAUGUUUUUAA